AUGUUUCCUUAUCCGAGCGGGAGCGGUCUACACGUGGGACAUAUUCGAAAUUAUACGAUUGCUGAUGCCCUGGCUCGGUUUUACCGACUGAAAGGCUAUAAUGUGUUAAUGCCAAUUGGUUGGGACGCUUUUGGCUUGCCAGCCGAACAAUAUGCGAUACAAACUGGCAACCACCCCGCAACUUUUACUCAAGAUAAUAUCAAAAAAUUUAAGGAACAAUUACUAAAAAUGGGAUUUUCUUAUGAUUGGAGCAAAGAAAUCAACACUAGCGAGCCGGCUUAUUAUCAUAUUAAAAGUUUACAAAGAAAUUGGAUAGGAUUACAAAAAGGAACCUUUAUCGAUUUUCCCGUGGCAGAUAAAAAUUUGACAAUUGCUGUUUUUACCAAAAGCCCCCAAACCCUUUAUGGAGUAAGUGCCAUUGCCUUAUCGGUUAAACAUCCUCUUAUCACUCAAAUUACUUUUCCAGAUAAGCAAACCAAGAUAAAUAAAUUUUUUGCUAAUUUUGUGGUUAGUGAAUACGGAACGGGUGCUGUAAUGAUUAAUGCUUUUGCUCCGGAAAUAUUUACUUACAAAGAAAUACUUAAUUUGGUUAGUGAAAAGGAAUUAAAACAAAACCAACAAAUUGACUAUGCUUUUGCUAGCAGAUACGAUUUACCGAUUAAGAGGAUUUUUCAAAUAAACAACCGGAAUGGAAAAAUAAGCGGUUUUUUUGUUAACUCGCCUUUGAUUAAUAAUUUAAGCGACAAAGAAAAAGCCAUUGAAAUUAUUAAUCAGUAUUUAGAAAAAGAAAAAAAAGGGCAAAAGGGUGAACCAAUCCCGGUUAUUCAUUGGGAAAGUGGCGAAAAAGAAUUAAUCGCCGAACAAGAAUUGCCAUUAACUUUACCCCCGUUGGCAGAUUUUCGGCCUUCUUCACAAUAUUACGCUCCUUUGCAAAAAGCUACUGACUGA